GUCGCGUGAUACUAUGUUACAUUAUAUAAUCGAAAGAAUUGGUAAGUUGUCUCUGGAUUCAAUUCGUCAAAUUGAAACUGACUCUGACUUUGAAGAGAAACUCAAAUCGAUCGAAGAUAACUUGAAAAUAGCAGCACAGUCAAAAGGAGAAAAGGGAAAGAAAUACAUAGACUUAAUCCUGCGGGCUUUACGUCGUAUUUAUAAACAAACUCGUGAUGUAGAUUAUAACAAUAAAGUAACGAUGUCUGAUGAAGUUGAUAAAAUCGUUGAUGAUACCUAUAAAUUACAUAAUAUGAUUAAAAUUGACGAAGGUAAUGAUAUACUAAGAAACCAAGUAAUUCAAGACAUAGCAAGUAGUAUUACGAAUCUCAUAAUAAAAUAUCAUAAAUCUGGGAAUGGCACAGUAUCAUUACAAGAAAUCAAAAUGAAAUUAUUUGAGAGUAUGAAGCAUAAAGAUUUCAUAAACAACAAUAAUGAUAUACGGCCAUUAACUGACUUGCUAAUUGAUGGAAUAAAUGCAGCAAUAACAAAUAUUAACAUGAAUAGACGAUAUGGUAACAGAAUUCAACCUAACAUAAAUAACAUAUUAGAAUUUAAAAGACCUCAAGAUAAACCAUCACUUUCUCACAAAGAAUGCAGGGAUAUGGUGAACAAAACUUGCUUUAAUAUAAACUUGAUAAAAUCCCUAAAAUGCUCUAAUGCGAAUGAAAUAAUCCACAUAACUAAACUUUGCAAUGGAAGAGCUGAUUGCUCUGAUUAUUCAGAUGAAAAGUAUUGCUCGGAACAGGCUAUCAAAAAGCUUCGAUUUGCGCAUAACAUCCUUACUGGCUUAAAUAAACCACUGGAAAACGGUUGCUUUACGGGCGCUAUGAAUCCAAACAUACUUUCAAGACAAAAUAAUUUUUUACAAGAUAUAUUAAAUUCCCAAUUAGAGUUUAUUGAAAAAUAUAAAACUGAACAUCGUAUUAAACUUGCAACAAAUGGCAAUACAAGGAAUCGUCUUAUAAAUGAAAUUACUGAUGUAUUAAGCACUUUAACAAUGGCGCUAGAUAAAUCUUUCUGUUCCAAAAAAAAUACUCGAAGAUUUAAUGAAAUACUGGAUGAAGAAGAUCCUUGGCCAGCUGAUAAGUGGCCUCCUACGUCAUGUCCCUGCCUUCAAGGACCGUGUCAGAAUUGUACUUACCCGUGCAAAAGAAUCUGUUGGCACAAGAGUAGUUUACGAAAUUGGAACUGCGAUUCUGUAAACCAGUCAUCUAUAGUACCUUUAAGUGUAAUUUGCGAUGGUAAAAUUGACUGCUUUGAUGAAUCGGACGAAAAAGAAUGUUUUUUAGAUACAGCACAUGGUAAAUUUGCCGCCCACAAGAAUUUUAUAGAAGUAACAGAUGCUUUAAAAUUGAAAGCAUCUAAAGAUUACAAAUCUGAAAGAAAUAAAAUCUGGGUACUUAUCCACGCAGUGUAUGAUCUAGAAAAGUUAAGCCUUAAACCGAAUCCUAACCCAGUGUCACUUAGGGAACAUCGAAACGAGUGCUUCAAAUUAAUUACUAUGGUUUAUACUGAAUUACUAAAGCAUACAUCUUAUGCCUUUGAAGCAGAAGAAUUGUACCAAUUUCUGUUAAAUAUAAACCAACAGCUGGGUACGAUUAUUAAGCAAAUAGGCACGGGAAACAAGAAAGUCAUAUCUGGCGGAUGUUUCUGUAGAGACGAAAAAUGUGCGGUUUCCUAUUGUACUAGAAAAUGUGAGAAGUCUUGCGCUGUUGAACUGAAAUUCACCAAAUAUUAUUGUCUGGGUAAAUUAAAUAAAUCAAUUGACAUUGAUAACAUUUGUGAUGGAACACACGACUGUGCAUUGGAAGAUGAUGAACGAGACUGUAAAAAAGAGAUGUGUCGAAAUCAUCAUCUAAGGUUGUUACAAUUUAAAAUUGAAGACGUUGGAGUGAAACAGAAAGGUACUUCGAUGGGUGAAGUUCUAUCUACUUGGAAAGAAAAGGUCAUAAAUACCUUAAAGGUAGCUGAAAAAUCUGGAAAACCAACGCCUAAGGUGAUAAAAGAAAUUGUUAAGGGUGCCCUAAGAGAUCUCGUAACGACCUACGGUUCAGUGGAGGAUUACCGACGGAAGAAUAACAAUUAUGCUCUGGAUGAGUUUACUUUAAUAGCUCAAAAUGUUCUAGAUACAGUACGAUCUUGUAGCAAAUAAUGAUUGAA